AUGUCGGGUCGUGGAAGGGGACGCAAAGCUGCUGCCUUGGCGGAGUUACUGCUCACGCUAGCAGGAACAUCCGGCAAGAAGAAGAGGAAGACUGCAGCGCAGUGCUUUCGCUGCCAAAAGCUUGACCACUUCGCCAAGCACUGCAGCGGCACAGUUGCGUGCUUGAAGUGUGCGCAAGCACAUGACACACGCGACUGCAAGAAGCAGGACACCCCCUGUACCUGCGUCAACUGCGGCGGCGCACACGCGGCCAACGCCCGUUCCUGCGCCUACAGGAGAAAUUGGCGCGGACCGGAGAAGAAGAAGACGCAGAAGCAAGUGACCACCACACACGAAGAGGUAGUCUCUUGCACAAAAGACGUCGUCCACAGGCGUCUAAAUGACGGUGUACAAGAAGCCAUGUCCGCCUUCAAAUCCGCCAUGGCGGAAGAGAGGGCAGCCAUGUUGGCGGAACUGGGCGAGAGGCUCGGCGUCAGAUUGCUGUGCCGACGCAGGAACUUCGCUCAGCCAAAGAAGACUCCGCCACAAGAGAAGACACCGCCACCCAGACGACUCCUGCACGAGAGAAGGAAUUCGCAACGGCGGCCAUGCAGACCGACCAGCCUGCCGAAGGGGAGGCGACACAGCACAAGAACAAGGACACCGAAGCAGCUGCACAAGGAGAAGAAGAGUGGGAAGAAGUCCCAUUCCUCCCGCUUCCAGACACGUACAGUGCAAAGACGACGACGGAGGCGCCGCAAGUGCCACCGUAAAAAGACGGAGCCGGAAGGUGAGAAGACAGCUACCACUGCCAACAGGCGCUCCAGUGAGAGUGGGGCGGGGGACCGGCCGCCGACGGCGGCUGAGCAGGCGCUGCAGGUACAGGAGAUGCGCGCCAUGCUGGCCGCCGCGGCGGAGGAGGCGAUUGCGGCCUUCAAAGCCGCCACGGAAGAGCCUUCAGGGCCACCCUCACCUCAGAGAUGA